CACAACUUCGCGGAAUCUAUUUUCGUUGGGAGUAAAGAAAGUUGAUAACGGGCUCGCUUAUCGCACAACCUGAAAAUAAUUAAACUGCUGAGAUGUCUUGAUGGGUCAUGUGGACUAAUAGGAGGAUUAUCUGUGAGGUUUAAGGUGGAAGGAAUCGUGGUCUUAGUCGAUCUCUCCAUAUAAACCUCAAGCCACCUGCCAACAUGAAGACAACAGCACUGUCCUCAACAAGCCUACCAAAACUGCGCACUGGGAAGUUCACCGAGACGGAUCCGGGUGAGAUUCAAAAGACGUACAAAAGUGGCGCAAGCUUCAAGGGUCACGUCCGUGAUAACGUGAGGUCGGGUCACGGUAUAUUCACGUGGCCUAACGGAGCGAGAUAUGAGGGGGAGUACGAUAAUAAUGCCAGGAAUGGAAAAGGCAUCCAGCUGUGGGCAGACAGAAGUGAAUACACCGGAGACUUUGUGGAAGACAUGCGCCACGGAGAGGGAAAACACGUCUGGGCAAAUGGAGAGAGUUACACCGGUGUGUUCUUUCGAGAUCGUCGCCAUGGUAAGGGAGAGUAUCGGUGGCCUGAUGGAUCCUGGUUCGUUGGGACGUUCUACAUGGAUAAGAAGGAGGGAUACGGAGCAUUCCAUUUCACAGAUGGAAGCAAGUUUGAAGGCCUUUACAAAGAUGACGAACGAGAAGGGCCUGGUGUCCUCACAUAUCAGGAUAAUUCUCAAGAUGUCGGCCUCUGGCAUCGCGAAGGCCUCGUAAGAAUCUGCUCGUCGCUCCCCGGAGCUUUUACGAUGGGAGACCACAGCGAAUUUGAGUAUAACCCGGAAGACCACAAACAAUUCAUCAAAGUUAAUGACGAGGAGUGUAACAAAGGAAGUUUACAAAACGACAUUGUUAAGGCACCUCCUGCUGUGUUUGAUUACGACCCUGAUGCAACAAAUCGCGUCUUGUCGUCGUUUUCCCGUGAAGCCAGUAGCUUGUAUUGCGAGUCUUUAGACUCACGGAGCGCUGCCAUCGACAGGAAACCAUUCGAUGAAGAGUUUUUCAAAAGCACUUUGGAAACUGACGACAAUGAAAUUGUGGCUUGGAACAAUACUCCCUCUAGUGUCGAAAUGCAGAAACAUAUCUGGAAGCAUAGACAUUUUCAAAACUUGUGUAGUUUUAAUGCGAAUAAAAUUCUGGAUGGAGAACGUGUACAGGAGAGUAAAAAAGGACAAAUCGAAAGUGCCUCAGAUCAACUUAUAACCGCCGCCCAAAUGGGUGAUCUUGUGGCGGUGAAGGAACUGUUGGAUGAUGGGAAGGUUUUUGUGGACGUCUCGGAUAAAUGUGGCCAUACGGCUUUACUCGGUGCUGCAGUGAACUGGUAUCAAGACAUCAUCAACACUCUCCUUGACCACGGAGCAGACGUCAACAAACUCAACAACGAGGGCCUGUCCGCUCUCUCCGCAUGUGCUGUCUUUUUUUACCCGAUUGACCAAUUCCUGUAUAACAUCGCUGAGCGGUACAUGGAGAAGCCACCAGAGGUUGAGGUGGAGUUCGAUCCAAAUGUCCAGGGGAUUCUGGUGACGGAUAAAGAGAGAGGAGAUGAGAAAAAAUCAGGGAAAAGAGGUAAACAAAAACCGAUACAAAAUAGCGAUAGCAAAACGACAUUGGACAGCGGUGUAAGCAGUCCUCGGGUGUCCGCACGUCGAGGCCAAAAAGCUCACAAACACGCCAAAAACGAAAUGAUCAUGGACAUGAAAACGGUGACAGAGCAGUUGAUGGAACUCGCCCCGAGCCUCACUUCAGAACCUCUGGAGGAAAAACCAGAAGUAAAACCUCGAUUACGGACAUCAACGGACCCCGGUUGCGAUUCGCUCUACGACAGCGAUGAAGGCAACAGCUACCGGAAUGAGUUGAAUACGCCGUACAGUGGUUUCGAGUCGAAUGCGUCCGUGCGGAAUUUCUCGAUCAACGUGACUAGUCAGUUGAUGGAACGAUGUGCGACGCAGCUCAGUCAGAAUCAGAUGGUUGUUGAUCGGCGCCGGCGAAGCAGUGACACAGAUUUGACCGGUACUGUACGGACAUUGGCAAUCAGGAAAUCCGAUUAUACUCUGAUGGAGGACACCAUCCUCUUGUUACUACAGCGGGGCGCCAACCCGAAUGCCUCAUCCGUCCCAAUGCCAAUAUUAUUCUUCGCCAUCAAAGCUGCUGAUGUAUCGAUGGUGAAAGUGUUGCUACUCAAGGGAGCAUCCACUAGUGCCAAAUUAUCCAAUGAGAAGGGGGGACUUGCCCCACUUCACAUAGCCUGUGCUAUACCGGGAGAGGAAGGUGUCCAGAUCACGGAACUUUUACUGAACUCCCUGGCGGACCCUGAUGUCCGGGCAGCAGAUGAUGACUCAUUUCUUGGGAAAACGUUGCAAGAGGAGUGGAGCAAGGAUGUGAUAGACGACUGGAGUCGUUCAGUGCUGGGUGGGAGGACGCCGUUACAUAUUGCAUGCGCCAGAGAUGAUGACUAUAAGAGUGCUACGCGUGUCGUUCACUUACUCCUUCAGCACCAUGCCAACCCGAAUCUUCUCUGCAAUGGACAUUCACCACUUUCCCUGGCCAUAACUAGUGGAAACGACACGGCAAUCGACUUCCUGCUGAAGUAUUGCGCAGAUCCCAGUUUACCGCUGACCCAUGGUGUUGGAAGCGCCCUCUGCGUGGCAUCAUCUACCGAGUACGAACACAGACGGACAAUAGAUGGCAGGAUCGCACUGAUUGACAAAUUAAUCAAAGCUGGUGCAAAUAUUCUCGCUCCAAUUCUGGUUGGGCUGAAGCGUAUUGCUGGCACGGCCGUAGAUUAUGCCUACCACAUGUACAACCUGGACAGACGCAUAGCCCACAUGCCCUAUCACGCUUUAACACAAGCCGAGAGAGAGACGUUCAACGCACGGCGGAAGUUACUGGCGCAUGAUGGUGAUCUGCUCCGUGAGGCGGCGGUCGCCAAGGAGAAGAUGCGAAUCGAGGAAGAAGAGAUACUGGGUUGUAGAAGUACAAGCCCCAGCCCUGAUUUUGUGUUCACGGGUGCCGGUGCACCACUGCCUCCAGGCUCAAGGGGAAGGGCCAGUGAUAGCAAGGUCAGUUUUAAGGACAGCAAGGGCCAGCUUGACGGAGAGGGGACAAGGAAGCCACUGUUCAAGUACUGCUACGAAUGCGGACGAUCGGUUGGAAUCCGCCUGACAGCCUGCACUCGCUGUAAGGAGGUGUUCUACUGCAGUAAGGCGUGUAAGCUGAAGGCUUGGAAUGCUCGACAUAAAGAGGAGUGUGUCAGAGUGGGCGGUCGUUCCAGAAGUCCCAGUCCCAGGUCACGUAGCCAUGGCAGGGUAGACAGUCCAACACCUGUUACAAUCCCCGACAAACGGUUACCAGCCUCGGUCGCUAAUCUAAUGGCCGAUAAAAACGCCAUGAGGAUCAAGGUCCCAUUUAAAGGUCGUAGUCAGAGUGCGCGAAUUGCAGCUGCCUUAGGGCAGCAUGGCAUCCGGUCCGGCUCUAUCGGCCAAGGUGGUUACUUUGGCAAGGGAACGAAAGGGGGCGCCACGAAAGACGGCCAUGGCGGUUACUUUGGCAAAGGGAUGAAAGGGGGUGCCAGUGAUGGCCAGUUCAGAGACCAAGAUGAAUAUGACGAGAACAUGGACAACUACAGCUAUAACUAGACAUUCCAUGGGUUCAUAAUUUUGGGCCAAAAUUCUGAGAAACCUUUUUUGAAAACACCCAUUUUUUUUCGUGUGGCAAAAAAAUCAUGGAAAAAGGACUGUUUGACAUUCUCCGUUUUGGAAUUUUUGACUUUUAUUUGUUACUUUUUGGUAUCUUUUGUGCAACUUUCUAGAAUUUUGCCACAAGACUGUGAACCUUAAUUUAUACAUUUGUGCUAUCUUGUCAAAAUAUUGAAAGUAAUGAUCAUUGUCUGUAAUGAGCUAACGUGAAUCUAUUAGAUUGUGUAUACCUGUUCGAUUUUUUAGCGUACUUAUUUUUGCUACUAUUGUCUUUUCAGUAAAGAGAGAAACUUUGCUUGACGGUGGAUAGGUUAAGGUGAAGGGUAAUUUAAUUGGCUGUCACAGUUGUGAAUCAUAACCCCACUGCUGCUCAAAAUGGCUGUUCCGUUUUAGGUUCAACACUUCUAGGACUAAUGCCAAAGUUUGCCAAAAAAGUAACACAAUGAAGAAAGAUUCAGGAUCCACAAAAAAAAUUAAUUCGUUUUUCACAUUAGCAAACUUUAUUUCUGUUGACACAAUAUAUUUUUGCAUCUUUUUUCUUCAAAAAAGACAGAACUUUUACAAAGAUAUUGAUCACUUGAAGUGUUGAAUGAUUUUCCUUGGAAGUUUUGCACUCGUGUAAACUUGAAACUGUUUUGAGUGAUGUUUUCAAUUCCUUUAAUGAUUGUGCCACUCCUCUGAAAUUCUGUGAUGUUUCCAAGCCAAGUCACUAACUCCCUCAACAAGCAUUUACCAGCACUUUUUCCCUGGAAUACAGUGUCUAACUCUUGAGUCAUAUCACCUAACCAUCACUUUCACAGUCACAUUACAAGACUUCGGAAAAGUAUGAAACAGUCAUAUUCAUAUUAAAUCCUAAAAUUUGAUGCAUAGAGAGCUGGUGAAAAUUGGUUACAAUGCAUAGGAUUUUGCAGUCACGGGACUCUGUCCUGGCCAGGAAAUGCCUAUGUAUGUUUUUUCACCCAGAUUUCCUAUCUCAAAGGAUUUUAAUCCUUUCUUUACAAGACAAAAGCAUGAAUUUUUCACAGAUGAAUAAAUGAUUAAUAAACUACAUGUACAUGGUUGUCCCCAACACUCCUUAUGUUUCCUCAAAUGAGUGGUCAUGUAAUACUUUGCACACAUGUGAAGAUUACUAAGAAAUUUGGCCUUUUGGAAGGAAGCCACAGUGAUAUAUGUUCUGGCAAAAACUCAUUAUUGGCCAAAUAAUCACCGGUGGUAUGUUUAAUGUGAAAUCGUGUUACUUUUAUUCUAUAUCAGUAAUCUUUCGUAGUAAUUGAUUAACAUUGUCAAUAAUGAUUAAAGACUAGUCUUCUUUGAUUGAAGUGAUUAAAGCUGUGAUUUCAUUGUGAGGGCUAUUCCAUUUUGAUAGUGCGUCAGGUUUUUUCACAACUUUCUCUUUCACUGUUUCUUCUCCUGAUACUUUUCACGGCGCUAAAAAGUUGGCUGAUUUGCUCAUUUUCAUUUGACGAUAAAUCAAACAUUGCGCUUGCUGCAGAAAUUCGAUGGCUGAUGCAUUAGAGCAGGAAUUAACACACUUUGUAAUGUUGCUUUUGACAGUGCUUUCCGGAAAAAUUCUGAAAAUAAAUAGCUUUGGUGUCUUAAAAGUCGACUGUGAUUUAGGUCAAAAGUAGAUGAAAACACCGAUGAACUAUGGAUUUGGGACACCCUGUAGGUGGUUAUUGUGAUUGUUAGAGAACUUUACAACAUUUUAAAAACACUUUUGAUUAUUAUUUGUAAAUAGGAAUAUUGCAGAGGCCUACUUGUACAAAUAUAUUGUUUAUAUUCUAUACUUGUGGUAGAGGGUUAAAAGUAGAUGUACAGUCUGUUCCUGUUUUUGAAAUGUUUGCGCAGAUCAUUUCUUACUUGUCUUGUGAUGACAAGGCUGAUAGCGGAUCUAUUUGUUUGAAAAGAAGAAAGAACUGUUAACCGCUAAAUUCUCACGCUUUUAAAUUACCGUAUUUCGUAAAAAUUUGGAAAUCUUAUUUUGACCAAUUGCUAAAUGGGUUUCAGUUUUUCCAAUUAGAAAUUUAUUUGUUGCGAAUUGAGGUAAUUAAGUCCGUGGAAAUAAAACUCUGGCCACAAUUUGACGGUUUGCAGUAUUUCUUUGAAAAGAAAGAAGGUCUCAUCAUUUGAGUGAAAAGAUUGCCAGUGCAAGAAGAUGAUGUGAAAGUAGAUUAAACAAUAUCAAUAAACAUACAAGACUUUAUUUA